AUGUCAGAAAUAGCUGCAGUUGCCAAGGCUGGGUUAGGUAUUGGCAGAGUUAUCACCAUAUUAAUUCCCUCUCUUGCAGGAGUCACUUACUAUUGUUUAAGAUUUAGUUAAACAUCUAAUGACUCCUAAUUGUUCUCAAAUAUUGAGGAUCCAGAGUAACUCAAUUUUUUUAAUUCUGAAGAGACAGAUAAUAUUCCUUUAGAGCUUUACUUAGACGGAAAGAGAGUAUUAAAUAAUCCUAUUCGAGAGCUUAAUAGACUUCUAUAAGGUCAGUAAGUCACAAAAAUAAAAAGGAUGGCUUAGAGUUUAUGGAGAUAUUUUCCUUCAGGUAUUGCCUCUAUUUUUACUUAAGCUUUGUUUAAUUAAUGUGUUAGACAUGAAUACAUUUUAGUUCACACAUAAGACUUCAUAAUCUCUGCAGAGAUUUCAAAGACAAAAGACUGCAAAAAUAAUGGAUGCUUUCAUUAAAAUUUAAAUCUUGACUAAGCUGCAUAUAAGGAUAGUUGCGAUGUUUGCAAUCAAUAAAACUAAAUUAAGAGCGAUGGAGCUUGCUUUUAAGUGAUGAUUUGGAAAGUAAGGAAUAAAGAUCAAAUUGCACACAUUAAAUAAGAAUAUAAAAAACGUUCGUUUUCAAGAAUUUUAAAAAAAUUCUCUUUGAAACAUUAAAACAUUGAUGAUAAUUUCUAAAUUAAUAAAUUACUUUUAUUAUGGACAAUUAUAAUCAAAGUGUAUCAAAUUAGCAGCCAAGAUACCUCGAUGACUGGAAAAUUCUACAAUAUUUUUACAAAGAAUUGUAAAACUUUUGCUAGAGCAAACUUAUACUUCUUACAAAAAAAAUUAGAUGUACAAAAGGUUUUUGAAUCCAUUUUUGGGUUAUUUUGUGAUAAACCUGGAUAUAUAUUUUUUGAUUAUAUUUCUGCAGGAGUUUAAGCAUCAGUCGAACUUGGAUUAUAAAAUUGGAAUGAAAAUUUUUAAACAAAUAAGAAAAAAUUAGAAGAUAUACUUAAAUAAAUAAGAAAUAUGACAAUCAAUUAUUGA